AUCCAGCGCGUUUACUCCGCAGUAGACGCGCAUGAUAAUCGCGCCAAAAUUUUCCCGCGCUUAUCUGACGCAACUUUUUUUUCUGUCAUAGUUUUUCUGUCAACGAACACAAAAGAGGAUUUAUUCUGGAAGAUUGAAAAUGGCGACGACGGUGACACAGAAAAAUGGGAACGCACAAAAUUUAAUAAAACAAGCACCUUGGACGGACGAACAAGGCAUCACAAUGAAGGUGUACCAGGGCGUCAUGAUGGCGCUAGAGAUCCUCGUGCUGAUCGUGAAGAUGUACGCCACGUGGUUCUACUGCAUCUACCGCUUCUUCGUACCACCGGAGCCGAAAAGCGUUAGUGGGGAGAUUGUGCUUAUAACAGGCGCAGGCCACGGCAUGGGCCGGGAGAUGGCGAUGCGUUUCGGCAAGCUCGGCAGUAUCGUGGUCUGCGUGGACAUCAACCCAGCCGGCAACCAGGAGACCGUGGAGCUUGUCAAAGAGAACAAGGGGAAGGCACAUAGCUAUCGCUGUGACGUCACAGACCGUGAAGCAAUCAACGAGCUGAUAGAGAAAAUACGCAAAGAGGUCGGUGAGGUGACCAUCCUGGUGAACAAUGCUGGUCUGAUGCCUUGCAAGCCACUUCUGCAGACUAAUGAAAAGGAGAUACGAACUGCCUUUGAAGUUAAUGUGCUUGCUCAUUUGUGGCUGCUACAAGCGGUCCUGCCAUCAAUGAUGGAGCGCAACCACGGGCACAUAGUGGCCAUGUCCUCUAUGGCGGGCGUGCUCGGGCUGCGCAACCUGGUCCCGUACUGCGGCACCAAGUUCGCGGUGCGCGGCAUGAUGGAGGCGCUGCACGAGGAGCUGCGGGAGGACCCGAGGGACUUUAGCGGGAUCAAGCUGACCUGCAUCUGCCCCUACAUAGUGGACACGGGUCUCUGCAAGAACCCAAAGAUCAAGUUCCCAUCCCUCAUGAAGAUCAUCUCUCCAUCCGAAGCCGCUGACAACAUCCUGGAUGCUGUGAGGAGGAACUACUCCGAGAUCACGAUACCAAGCUCUCUUUAUUAUAUUAACCAGAUGUUCAGAAUGUUCCCGCGGCCUGUUCCCCUGCACUUGAAGGAUUUCCUUGACUCUGGCUUGGAAGCGCAGUAAAUUGCGAACUAUGGUAUGGGACCAUUUAGUUGUAUGUAGGCCGCGUAAGGAUAUUUUGCAAUGGUUGGGAUUGAAAAUGUAUUGAUAACUGUAUUUUUGGAAACUAAAGAAACAAUUAAGUAACAGGAGUGUAUAAAUGAACAACCAAAUAUGGUUGAAUAUAAAAAAAUGGCCCAAAUUUAAGGGUUUUAUAAAAUUGCAAAAGUGGACCUAUUUGGAUGUCAAGCGUGACCGACAAAAAUUUUGUAAGGAAUGACAAUACAAAAAAUAUUUAUUUUAUCAUGGUAAAAUAAUAAUUUUUUCAUACACUACUUUAGGUGUUUAUAACAGGCUUGAAGCCGAAAUCGAUAGACUAUACAAUUUUUGUUGAUACAACGAAACUUGUACCGUCUUUUGAUUAUUAAAUGUUAAGUUUUGUUACAUACAAGAAUUAUUUAUAAGCAUCAAGUAAAUAAGAUUCAACUGCUCAAGAAAAUGUAUUUAAGCUCGAAUUGCACUGAAAAAAGUUUUGAUGUCUCGUUAUAAAUGGAGAUCCUGGCAGGAUAAGAUAAAUUUUUGAUAGUAACCCACGUAACAUUUUCUUGGAGUUAUUGAUGUUAUGCCAUUUCACACGCAAAGAUGUGAAUUGCAAUUUGGAACUGAUAAAUUUGCGUGUGCAAAGAGUGCUUUACGCACAUAUAAAGUAGAGGGGAUGAGAGUGUGAUACUUUAGUAAUAAGUCCCAUUUUGGAAUUUCUUUUGUAUAAAUAUUGUUAUUCAAUUUUCUAUAUCGAAAUCGACAAGCCUCAAAUUCAAACGACGUAAUUAAGUUAGUUUUAAGGAGAACGAAUGAGCCAAGUAUGGACCUAUAUAUUUCAUAUUCUAUGAAAAAUAUCAAAAGAUUUUUAUAAAGAACAUUUUUUGUAAAGGCAUUUAAUCGAAGCUUUUAAAUUAAAUGUUUUUUAAUUUGUAAAUUUUACUACCAUAUCACAUUUUUAUGAAGUGCCAUUAUAUUUAUUAUCUGUGGUAUCUUGACAGGUUUAAUGUCUAUGUUGCCGUAUUAUUGUGAAAAUCGUUAUUUUAUUUAUUUCAAUAAUAUUAUGAAUUUAGUACUUAGUAGGUAUACUUUUACUGUUCAACGCGUUCCUUCUCUUCGCUCUUUGAUGAAUAAAAAAUAUAUUAUAUUCGUAAAUACUCUUUACUCAUACCUUCUCAUUUUUUUAAAGUCGGUUAAAAUAGUUGAUGCUAUUUGUAAUAAGCGAUAUACAAUGCUACAAGGAAAAAACGUAAUUGUUCGUUUUGAAUCAAAACGAACUAAUUAUUUUUUCCAUGUUUUUUAUUUACAGAAUACAAUUUUCACAAUAAUUAUCCGGUAUUUUCUCAUUUUGGAUUCUGUAUUGUGUCAUUUUGUAUACGAUUUUUAUGUAUUAUAUUUUAUACUAGUGACGUGAAUGUGAUAAAUGUGUGAUUAAUAGACAAAUAAAGGAAUAAUUACAAAA